UAGGGUAGUAGAGGGGUAGAGUUAUUUUAGUAGAGGUUAAAAAUGGAAAGAACUUAAAGAGUACAAACACAAAUUAUAUUAUUUUAAAUUAUUCAUUUUGAAAAUUUAUUAUUCAUUGUUCCAAUGUGUGCAAGUUACACGGUCUUAUAUUCGUAAUAUUUUACUCCGUACAUUAAUAAACCACACCAUGAUUCAAAGAGAGGUUAUGAAAAGAUUAGUAAGUAUUCACCGUGUUUUAUUACCCACGAGAAAUAGCAGUUCUAAAUUAAAUAUAGAAAAAUUAGAACAGGAAUCUAGUGCUACUUUUGCAGAAGUCGUAGAUGAGGAAGACAGGAUUAGAGAAGAAGAAAUAGAAAGGAGGAGAAACAAAUCGAGACUGCGUGACGCUGACAGAAACAUACUUCAUGAAAAAAAUCCUUACCCUGAACCGAUGCUUUGGCAUCAUGGGACAAUAAAGUAUAUCAGGCGCACGUACGGAAGAUAUGGGCAAGCCUCUGGUGUCAAUCCAUCAAUCUGCUGGCCUACAAAAGACGAACUAAAUGAGGCUAAGGAGUACGAACGAAUUAAACAUCCAUUUACAAUUGCGGAAAUGGUAGCAGCUGCUAAGCAGAAGAGACAAGAGAAGGAGGAAAGGAUAUUAGCUCGACAAGCGGAUAUUAUUAAGAAAAUGGCAAAGUUGGAUGUGUGGACUCGUGAGUUACAAGAACGCAUUGCCAAGAAAGAAAACGAGGCUAAGUCGGCAAAGGAGCGGAAAGAUCGAUUAAUAGAAGAAGUCAAAAGGCAUUUUGGUUAUACUGUCGAUCCACGGGAUGAUAAGUUCAAGGAGAUGCUUGAGAAAAAGGAAAAAGAACAGAAGAAGGCCAUGAAAGAAGAAAGGCGUAAAGCUAAAGAAGCUGGUUACUGA